AUGGAGGUCCAAAUUAGUCAAAUUACCAAUUCGAUUAACAAUAGUAGCUGUGGAGAGUUAUCUAGUAAAAUCAAAGUAAACCCUAGAGAGCAUGUCAAUGUUUUCACUCUUAGAAGUGGUAAAAUGGUCGAGGAACCUAACUUUGGCAAUUCAAGUGGUGAAAAGGAUGAGGAAGCAAAUGAAGGAUUAAAAGGGAGCCAAAAUGAUCAUGUUGUUAUUGAUAUUGAUGUACCUCCUUCCAAUAUAAAUUUUAAUACUGUUCCUUUAUCUCAUAGAUUGAAGAAAGAUGAGAAGGAUCGGAAGUUUGAGAAAUUCGUCAAAAUUUUUAAACAGUUGCACAUUAACAUUCUUUUCGUUGAUGCUAUUACACAGAUUUCCUCUUAUGCACAUUUUUUGAAGGAUAUCAUUUCAGAGAAGAGAAAGAUCACGGAUAAUGAGAUAAUAGCAUUAACGGAGGAGUGUAGUGCAUUGAUUAAAAUCAAACUCCCUUCUAAAUUAAAAGAUUUGAGAAGCUUUUCUAUUCCUUGUAUUGCAUUUCUCUAA